AUGACCGCCUUUAAUCCUACACAGAUUUUCGGCGACGAGGUCACGGAAGAGAAGGGCGAGAAUGCGCGUCUCUCGGCGUUUGUCGGCGCGAUCGCCGUGGGCGAUUUGGUCAAGAGCACACUGGGACCCAAGGGGAUGGAUAAAAUAUUACAAUCAGCUUCAACCGGCGAAAUAAUGGUCACAAACGACGGUGCCACAAUUCUGAAGUCAAUAGCGUUAGACAACGCCGCAGCGAAAGUGCUGGUCAACAUAUCCAAGGUGCAAGAUGAUGAAGUUGGGGAUGGAACUACGUCUGUGACAGUGUUGGCGGCAGAAUUACUACGCGAGGCUGAGAAGCUGGUGGAGAAAAAGAUACAUCCGCAAACAAUUAUUGAAGGGUAUCGGAUAGCAAGUAAUGUGGCUCUGGCGGCCCUGGAAGCCACGGCCGUGGACCACAGCAAAGAUAAGGAAGCUUUCCGCAAUGAUCUUAUGGCAAUAGCACGGACAACGCUCAGCUCGAAGGUGCUAAGUCAGGAUCGAAAUCAUUUCGCAGAGCUUGCGUGUGAUGCUGUCUUGCGAAUGAGGGGAUCAACGGAUCUCAGUCAUAUCCAAAUUAUAAAAAAGGCGGGCGGGAAACUGAAUGACUCGUAUCUGGAUGAGGGUUUCAUCCUGGACAAGCAGAUUGGAGUCAACCAGCCCAAGCGACUUGAGAAUGCCAAAAUCUUGGUUGCCAAUACUGCCAUGGAUACGGACAAGAUCAAGAUCUUCGGGGCAAGAGUCAAGGUCGAGUCGACAGGAAAGCUAGCCGAACUUGAAAAGGCUGAGAGGGAGAAGAUGAGGGCGAAGGUGGAGAAGAUCAAGAGUCAUGGCAUCAACUGUUUCGUCAAUCGGCAGCUCAUAUACAAUUGGCCGGAGCAGCUUUUCUCCGACGCUGGAAUCGUAUCAAUCGAACAUGCAGAUUUUGACGGUAUUGAACGGUUAGCGUUGGUGACAGGAGGAGAGAUUGCCUCAACCUUCGACCAUCCGGAGAGCGUGAAGCUGGGCCAUUGUGACCUUAUUGAAGAAGUUAUCAUUGGAGAAGAUACACUAAUCAAGUUUUCCGGUGUUGCUGCGGGACAAGCUUGUACCAUAGUACUCCGGGGAGCGACGGAGCAGUUACUGGAUGAGGCAGAACGAUCAUUGCACGACGCCUUGGCUGUGCUAUCCCAGACAGUGCGAGAACCCAAGACUACGCUUGGUGGCGGAUGCGCGGAGAUGGUCAUGGCUAAGGCGGUUGAGCAGGCGGCACCGAAUGUUACAGGCAAAAAGGCGAUCGCGGUGGACUCUUUUGCUACGGCACUGCGGCAGCUUCCCACCAUCCUCGCGGACAACGCCGGAUUUGACUCGAGCGAUCUGGUUGCGAGGCUGAAGACGGCGAUCUACAAAGGGCUGACGAGUUCGGGAUUGGACCUUUUAACAGCUGGGGGUGGCAUUGCAGACAUGAGGGAGCUGGGAGUGAUCGAGAGCUACAAGUUGAAGCGGGCUGUGGUAUCUUCUGCAAGCGAAGCAGCAGAGCUUCUGUUACGGGUUGACAACAUCAUUCGAAGCGCACCAAGGAAAAGAGAGAGGAUGUAA